GCACAGGGAGGGAGCGCGGAUCACACCGCCUUCGCACUUCUCGCUCGACACACCCUUCCCACAUGGGGGAUCCGGAGCACGCGCAACUUUUCCUCACGCGGCACUCGUCCUGGAGCCUCGAGACGGCAUGGAUGUGACAUGUUGUUCCCUGGCGGGGACUCCGGAUAAAGGGGUGUCCUAAACUGCGGAAUCGGCGCCACUUUCUGGAAGGACGCACACACUCAUGGAGGAUAACGAGAAUGGAUGACGUGGACUAACGGAUGCUCUGACAAAGAAUAUGUAGGAAGUUAAAAUGGAUGAAUCUUAUAGCUUUUUUUCUGGACAUGUUGCGUGCUUCAGGUGAGACGCGUGGAGUCUUCCAGUAAGUGCGAUGUCACCCAGUCCCUUCACUGGCAACACGACACAAGUGGACUAGAAGUACACCCUGCUCAGUUCUGCGUUCAAAGGCUACAAGAAGAUGCCCUUCUUACUUGAUGGGAAUGACAGGUUGCAGAGCCUAUCAUGGACACUGACUGGGAACCACUGGUGGCAACGGGGCACUUUGCGGUGUUUCAGGAGGGUCAGGCUCUACGGUUUCCUCUUCGGACUGAUGGUGACGUUUCUUAUCAUGGCUGUCUACAUCUUAACUGGAGAACGGAAAGGACUGCUGCUGACACCCUCUCCGUAUCAUUUUGGAUCCCUGAUAAAUUCUUCCCCAUAUAACCUGUCAUUCUCUAAGGAUUAUUCCAGCAUUAAACAAGUGGUGAAAAGCAUAGUAUCCAAGGUGGAAUUCAGCUCUAGGCAGGUGCCAGACCGGAAGGGCUUGCUCUACAGUGAACCUCAGAUGUUUUCCAUCAUCCCGAAUAAAUUCUUGUCAAAGGUCAAGAAUCCAUGCUGGUACGAGGAGUACCCAGGCAAUGGCACUGAAGAUCCCUAUGGGAAGAACUUGUAUGCACUUUACUCGAGGCGCUUCCGAGCGGUGUUUGACCACCUGAGGAGCGCCUUCCGGAAGCAUCUGUAUAACACUGCAGGCAAGCAGUACCGCAUCAGAUGUCUUCCUUACUUCUAUAUCAUUGGGCAGCCCAAGUGUGGAACCACGGACCUCUACAACCGACUCCGACUACACCCGGAGGUGAUGUUUACCACCAUGAAGGAGCCACACUGGUGGACUAGGAAAAGGUUUGGUAUCAUUCGCCUAAGUGAUGGCUUCCAUGACCGCUACCCUGUGGAAGAUUACCUGGAUCUCUUUGACCUGGCAGCAUAUCAGAUCCAGGAGCACCUGCUGAGGAACGAGACAACCAGGCAGAAAAAGCACAAUAUCAUCAUUGGGGAGGCCAGUGCUUCCACAAUGUGGGACAACAAUGCCUGGGUCUAUUUCUAUGAAAACUCCACAAAUGGGGAGCCCCCGUUCAUGGUCCAGGACUUCAUCCAUGCCGUCCAGCCAGACGCCAAGUUUAUUGUUAUGCUGAGGGACCCCGUGGAGAGGCUUUACUCUGACUAUCUAUACUUUGGCAUUGCCAAUAAGUCUGCCGAAGAUUUUCACGAGCGCGUGUCCGAGUCCCUGCAGCUGUUCGAGGGCUGUCUCAGCGAGUCCUCCAUGCGCUCCUGUGUCUACAACACCACCCUGAACAACGCCAUGCCGGUCCGUUUACAGGUUGGACUGUACAUCGUGUACCUUCUCGAUUGGCUGACGGUUUUCAAAAUGGACCAGAUUUUAAUCCUCCGACUGGAAGAUCAUGCCGCCAAUCGGAAAUAUACGAUGCGCAAAGUCUUUGACUUUCUCAAAUUAGGGUCCUUGACGGAACAGAAGGAAGCAGAGAUCACCAAGAGUCCAGCAUCCAACACCAGAAGGCCAGCAGACAAGAGCCUGGGGCCCAUGCUUCCAAUUACCAAGGAGAUCCUUCAAGAGUUCUACUUCCCAUUCAAUCAAAGACUGACCCAAGUGCUUAAAAAUGACUCCUUUUUGUGGGUGACUGAUACGGAAGAUGCACAUAACUGACAAAGUAUUCCCACAGAAAAUGUGGGAAGGAAAAAAAUGAACUGGCCUCAGUAUGUGUUUUAUUUAGAAAGUUACCGUAACAAAACAGCGCAGUAAAUCUUAAAUCUUUGACCUUGUUUUAUAUUGCAAAAGGGAAAAUAUUCCUUGUCAUAAGUUUUUGAACAGUUUUCUGCAUUCA